AAGAAACAAACAAACAGCUGUUGGGAAAACAUAAAUGACGUUAUUCACUGGUGCAAUUUUACCAAAAUUCUCAUUGUAUUUGUUUAAAUAAUUAAAUUGUAUUUUAAUUUGUAAUGCGAAAAUGAACCGAUUUGAAUAUGUGGAAGCUCGAUUGCAUGAUGAUGAAACUUUUGUGAGUCGUGAUCGUAAUGUGAAAAUUUAUGAUGGAGAUCAUAAAACAGAGUAUGAAGAAGGUGAGGUUGUUCUCACUACGCAUCGUCUCUUUUGGGGCCGUCCAGGUGAAAUUGCGCGUGCUGCCACUACACUUUGCCUUUCUCUACGACAUGUGAUAUCGCUCAGUGAAGAAACAGCCAGUUCUUACUUUUUUGGACGUAAGACUCGUUAUAUAUUAUAUUUACGUGAGCCGCCACCAGAUAAAGCGCCAGGCCCAAUAGAUCACAGUCCGCAUGGUCAUAUCAAGUUAUCGGGUAAAAAUGGAUUGACACAAGAAUUCGGUAGUGCAUUACGACAAACAAUUGAGGCCAGAAUUUGGGAAGUAAUCGUAAUACCAAAACCACUUUCGGUUGCGAGUAAUUCACCAAAUUCACGUAGUGGUGACAAUCCAGCACAAUUGCGUUUGAAAAUGCGUACUGGCAUCGGUGGUAUUGAGCGUUCCAUUGAAGCUAAAGCGAAAGAAACGGAUGAAAAUAUAGCUUUAGCCUUUCAAGAUCUUAAUGUACUAAUGGCAAUGGCCAAGGAUAUGGUAGCCAUAUCGAAGGUGAUAAGUACAAAAAUACGUGAACAAAAGGGAGAAAUUUCCGAUGACGAGACCGUGCGUUUCAAAUCUUAUCUGUUGAGCUUGGGUAUUGAAGACCCGGUGACACGAGAUAAUUUCAGCAGCAAUUCGGAAUAUUUUCGCAGUUUAGCGCAACAAAUAUGUGAACUGCUUUUGGAUCCUAUCGAGGAACAAGGUGGCAUGAUGUCGCUGGCCGAUGUGUAUUGUCGUGUAAAUCGUGCACGUGGCUUAGAAUUACUUUCUGCGGAAGAUUUGCUACACGCCUGUCAGCAACUAAAUGGACCUAUAAAACUACGCAAAUUUCCCAGCGGUGCAAUGGUAUUGCAAUUAGAAUCACAAGAUGAUGAACUAGUGGCUGCUGAUACGCUAGAAAAGGUGAAAAUGUCAAAUUCAUUAGCUGUUGAAGAACUGGCAAAAGAUCUCGGUAUUUCAUUGCUGUUGGCAAAGGAGCGUUUGCUUGCUGCUGAACGUUUGGGAAAAGUGUGUCGUGAUGAAUCAAUAGAAGGUUUACGCUUCUAUCCGAAUUUGCUGCUAUAUCGCGAUAUUGAUAGUUGAAAAAGAAUUUAUGUGUAGUAACGUGGAAAAGUGUGAUUUGAACAAUUGAAAAUGUGCAAAAUACAAAAGUAAAUAAAAUUACAAAGCUUUCAUAAUA